AUGGCGAACCAAGAGCAGUGGUUGAUGAUGGCAAAUGUACAAACGCUGCAGCUGGUGACGGGGUUUGGUAUAAAAUCUUCCCCGGCUUUACAUAUGCUUGUUGGAGCUGUCGGUGGAGGUGGCGAAGGAGAUGGAGGUGGGGGGGGGGAUGGAGGAGGGGGCGAAGGUGGUGGUGAGGAAGGAGGAGGGGGUGAUGGGGACGGAGGAGGAGGUGAGGGUGGUGGUGGCGACGGGGAUGGAGGAGGAGGCGAAGGUGGUGGAGGAGGAGGUUCGCACAUAAGUGGUAGUGGUGGGGACGGUGGCGGUGGUGAGGGUGGUGGUGGCGACGGGGAUGGAGGAGGAGGCGAAGGUGGUGGAGGAGGAGGUGAGGGUGGUGGGGGUGAUGUGGAUGGAGGUGGUGAGGGGGGCUUUUUUUUGCAGCAGCAUUCACAUCGGAAAUUGUUACUUCCGGUUGAACAUUCUUCUAAAUCUGUCAAAAUUAAUGUUACUAUUAGUGACGUUUCAGCAUCUAUGAAUCAUGUUCGUCUCAAUGGUAAGGGUGUUCAUGUAUGGAUUAUCGACACUGGUGCUUCAAAUCAUGUGUGUUGUGAUGAAUCUCUUUUUCUUUCUCUUCGUACAGUUCAACCUAUUCAAAUAGGUUUACCUAAUGGUGCAAGCAUUAAGGCGACCAAAAUGGGCAUUGUCAAGUUGAAUCCAUCUCUUGUUUUAUUUGAUGUAUUUUUUGUGCCAACAUUCACCUGCAAUCUCAUCUCCGUUUCUCAAUUCUUAACUUAG